AUGUGCCGCCGGCUCGCUGUUCCGGCGGCGGUUCUUCUGGAAAAACUUGAGCAUUGGCUUCCUGAAAAAAUAACAAGAUGA